GUCCUCGUCAUCCGCGUCGAGGAGAAGGCGUGCCUCACGCCACCGCUGCCGCCGUUAGCGAAGCGCGUCGACGGCGGGCCACACCAGCGAGGAGAGACGUCGGCCGAGUGUGUGCGGGACCGAGCACGCGUUGCUCGCUGGCGGACUGCGACGAGCCAUGGCGUGCGAGACGGACUCGCUCCGACGGCUUGUCGGCAGCGACGAUGCCGGUGCACGUGGACGCAUUGCCGCUGGAUCAGCAAGGCGCAGGAAGAGCGCGAGACAUGCAACCAGGAGCGGCGUGCCAGCGCGUUGUCAAACUCCGACCCAGCACCCUAGCUCCAGGUCUCCACUGUCCCGGCCGAGCCUCCUGCUGCUCUCGCUCGCCGUGGCGUGCGCGUCGGCGUUCGAGCCGGGCAACUCGUCGGCCGCGCCUCCGAACCUGUGCCACCUGGCUCAAGAGGAGCCCAUGUACUGCCGGUGCUCCUCGGAACACUUCGAGGCGGACACCACGGGCGUCGUCUGCUACGUGGGGAAGCCGCUCACCGGAGGCCACGCCGUGUUCCAGGCGCUGCGGCGCCAGAAAGCGCUGGUUUCCGUCACCUUCACCGUGUACGGGCAGGACUACCGGCUCGACUUCGUGCCCACCGACUCGCUGCGACAGUUGGGCCGGCUCGAGAAGCUGCGCUUCACGGAGUGCAACUUGGGCGUGCUUCACACGAGGGCCUUCUACAAGCUGUCCGCGCUCACCCUGCUGCAGCUGGAGGGCAACGACAUCAUCGACCUGCAGCCGGACGCCAUAGCGCACCUGCCGAGGCUCGAAACUCUCGAGCUCGGCGAAAACAAGCUGAGACACGUGAACGCCGGCUGGUUCUCGCGGCUUCCUUCUCUCGCUGUUCUGUUCUUGGGCAAGAACCAGAUCGAGUACGUCGAAGACCUGGCUUUCGCGGAGCUGGGGGGCCUGAGAGAGCUCGAGCUCGGGGACAAUCUCAUACAAGUACUGACCAACCGGACUUUCAAAGGACUCUCCCAGCUCACGAGGCUCGAUUUGUAUCGCAACAAGCUCACGCGGCUCGACGCCGGCAUAUUUGUCAGUAUGCCUCUCCUGGAAGAGUUGGACCUCAAGCUUAACCAGAUCUCUGUUAUCGAUCCACUGGCGUUCGAUGGACUGGCGCGCCUCAGGCUUAUCUAUCUAGCCAGCAACCAGCUACGCAUACUGCCCGCCGACAUGUUCGUGGGUGCGCCCAAUCUGGACCUGGUGGACCUGGAGCAAAACCAGCUGGUCACUCUCACGUGGAGGACGAUACACAACCUGAAGUACAUGGAGCACGGCGAGGAUUUCGCAAUGGGUCUCACUGGCAACCGGCUGACCUGCGACUGCCGCUUGGCGUGGAUCCUGCGGCUUGAAAACCUCACGCUGAGUGAAAAGUUCCGCCGUGAACUGCGUCACGUCAGCUGCGAGUUCAGCGACCCGGCACGCGGCAAAAGCAAGGUAACGCGCCUGAGCCUGCAGGACUUGGGCUGUCCGGAGCACGCGACACCGGACCCGGACGCGCUUCCACCCACCCCGGCUUACACGACUUGGCCAUCGUAUCCGGGACCGUCGUCGGCAGCACUGCCGGAAUCUACCAGUCACUCUCCACAAGAGAAAACGAAACGACCGUCGGAGAGCUUCGAAAAGGCCAAGUCGACGACUGCCAACGACAAGCCCGCUUCAUCGGCAGCCCGCUUCGCGUCUGCCAUGUUCACAAUCACCGUUUCAGUUCUGCUCUGCUGCGGCCGAAUAGCGUGGCGAUAUGGAUGCCUGCCUUGAGCUUCGUUUUAUGUGCAAUGGGCCAUUAGAAAAAGACAGCUGCAUGUUUGUCACACCUGAGGUGCGAGGCAAACAUUGUGAGACCAUGUGGACCGUGCCUUACAGAUUUUUGUAGGCAGCUUUCCUUCUCGGAGCUUCUAUGAACUGCAGUGAGUAACGCUUCCGGGGUACUUGGGGAGUUUUUUUUUUUGUGUAUGUGUUAUUGCGACGAGUGGGGAUUCAUUUUUCAGCCACCAUGCAAUGGUGUUUCCAAGUUUGUGAAGUACUUUUGUGCUGAUGUUCAUGUCGAAAUAUUCCUGCCACUUGCAAUCUUCGCUUAUUCGCGCCUUUGUUACGACUGUUUGAGCGUUCAGUUCAACAGGAGAUUCGAAAUUUUCGACUCCAUAAUCUGUCCGAAGACUGCACGAGUAUCCAGAGUUUUGUCCACUAAAUGGAAACGUGCGCUGCCUUCUUGCGUCCCUAUCGGCCGUCCGGCCACGAGACCUGCAUUCCCCCAUUUGCAUGCCACGUGUAUGCCGCGGACGUGGCGUGCACGCUCGCGUCUUCUAUGCUGGGAAAUUAUAGUCAGCCAUAUUUUUAAAAGCACUGCCAACUGGCACUGGCUCACAUGAAAGUAACAGACAACAAAACCAAGGAAAGCACUGGCUCAAUUGGCGUACGCGCAUCGCACGCGUCACGCGCUCUCGUCGACUCUCUCUUUACCUCAAAGCGAACAGCUUUCUUUGGCUCGUGUCACGUGGUCGGCGGCAGGAUUCUCUCCGCCGAUGCGAAGGUCACGUGCUGCCACGCAACCGCGGGGAGUUGGCCAACUAACUGUUCGAGACGCGUGCGCUGUCGCGCGAGAGCCUUCCGGCAUCUUGAGGUAUACGGUUUAGAUGGUGCAGUGGCCGCUGGUGUAUAUAGCGCUCUGCUCUGCCACCUGAACGCAAAGACCGCUGCGCGUCACUGAAAUGAAAAGAUGCGCCGCUUCAUCUCGCCGACUCACCACAGCUUCGCUUAGACCCACUUCCGCAGUGCCUGAAUACUCUUAAAGCGAAUGGUCGGAGGUACAGCUGGCCGCCGUUGAGUAAGAGAGCAGAGAAGAGACAGUAUGAGCGCGGCCGUCAUUGUGUGGUCGUCAUACCACCCAACGCGGCCUCGUGCUUUUGUUGUUGUCAUGUCGUCUUGGUCAUGCCGCCGUCGUCACGCUGUUAUGCAGUUUACCGAAACAUGUCGACGAUAACUUGUGCCGCCAUCAUCAAACACGGUUAUCGACGUAGGGAGUUCUGCGACCCGCAUAGUGCUAUUCGUUUACUGUGGUAUUCAGCUUGCGUGAAUGAUUUCUGAUACAUAUUUUAUUUAUUUCUACAUGUGAAAUAAAAACAAAGCAUAUUUCAUGUA